GUCAGUUAUUGACAGUUUAUUCUUUCCUCCGUUCAAUACAAAAUGCGAAAUAAUUUAAGAUUUUUAACCCUAAAACAGAGAAUAUUUCUUGUAAAAGCCUUCUAUAAAAAUGAUAGUGAUGUUAAUUGGGUAAAAAAUAAUUAUAUACUGGAAUACGGAUCAUUUGAUGAGGUACCAACGGAUUCCCUGAUAUUUGAGGUUAUAAAUUUAUUUGAGGAAACAGGAAGUGUUAGAGAAAUUCCUCAUUUAAUCUAUGAAAAGCAAGAACAGGAAAUUGAUCUCAUUAAUGAGACUACGGACACUGAUUUGUUAACUAAUGUUAAAAUUGAAGACAAUGAUAUAACACCUGAAGAUCAGUAUUCCAUUGAGAUCUUGGAUUACAAUGAAAAUGACGAGCAGGAUGAUGUUAUUGGGGAUGUUAGGAAACAAUCACCUAGAACACGAAGGAAGAUUGUCAAGAAUGAAGCAACAGGUGCCCAUCAGAGAGCUACCACCAAGGAGGUAGUUGAGGUGGUGGUAUUAGCACAAAAUGAAAAGGAAGUAAAGGACCCGCCGUGCGAUAACAAGAAUACACUAAUCUGUGAUAUUUGUAAGAUAAAAUGCAAAUCAAAACAAGGAAUGCAACUUCAUAUGGCCGUCCAUACGGAAAAAGGACAAACAUCCUGCAAGUAUUGCCAAGAAGUAAUUCCCACAAAGUACCAACUUCGGUUGCAUAUGAAAGAACACCAUCGUGAUAUGAUGAAGAAGGAGAAACGAGAAAGAGCCACAAUACCAUGUACAUUCUGCCAGAAAAGCUUCUCACAGCCAAAUCAGCUGCGGCAGCAUCAGAUGAUGCAUUCAGACCGGAAGGAUAUAAUAUGCGAUGUAUGCGGGAAGGCAUUCAAGAGGAAGAAUACACUGAAGCAACAUAUGAACGUUCACACGGGAGAAAAGCCCUUCAAGUGCCAAUUUCCGGACUGCGAGAGAGCCUUCAGGGAUCGAAAUUCCUUAAUAAUCCACAAGAGAUGCCACACAGAUGAAAGACCCUUCCCAUGUGAAUACUGUGGGAAAUGUUUCAGAGAUAAGGGUACACUAAGGAUCCACUACCGGCAGCACACUGGAGAGAAUCCGUAUAAAUGCGAAUUAUGUGGGAAGACAACAAAACAGCGACAGAAUCUUCAGAGCCACAUGAAACACUUUCAUCGUAUUAAUACAAAUAAAAACUAAUAAAAAAAAUUGAGCAUGCUAUUACCUUGAA